CAUAUUUCUUUCUUUUUUCAGCCUCAUCCCAGGGUCACGGUUGGAACUUUCCAUCAAUUCUUUCCUUUCUCUUCAAAGUUUCUGCCUGGCUGUGCCGGUCACAAAGUGAGACAGCCUCAGGCCUCCCUUGCCUGGCUGUUAAACACUGUGAAAUUCGGCAUAAGGGUGUCAGGUAUUUCUGACUGGCUUUCAAAAAAAGAAAAAAAAAAAAAAAGCAACUGAGAUAAAGAAACCUGUCCUGGGGCAUUUUCAGGCUGUACUCAGAGGCUCUAGAGAGGUAGCCAAGGAGCUGGGAAAAGCAGCAAACAAUAAAAGAUGCCUCGGGUACUAAGGCUGACUUGGGUGGCAGCCCUUGAGGUCCAACAAGUGCGCUCUGCCUGGGCCGUCCUCUAGCAAGAUCCAGUUCUUGUCUGUGGACAUUUCAGCCUUCGAAUCAUGCGGCUCUCACUCACCCUUCUGCUACCAGUAGCUGUAUAUUUUAGUUUGGUAAGUGUCUCAGCACGGCCACUGCGGAGCUGUCCUCCAGGUCUCCCCCGCGGAAAUGGCACUUCCACUUGUGCAGGUCCUGCACCCUUCCUAAUUUUCUCCUAUGGAAAUAGUAUCUUUAGGAUUGACCCGGAAGGAACAAAUCACAAGCAAUUAGUGGUGGAUGCUGGCAUCUCAGUGAUCAUGGAUUUCCAUUACAAAGAGGAAUGGAUCUAUUGGGUGGAUUUAGAAAGACAGCUUUUGCAAAGAGUUUUUCUGAAUGGGUCAAGACAAGAGAAAGUAUGCAGUAUGGAGAAAAAUGUUUCUGGAAUGGCAAUAAAUUGGAUAAAUGAAGAAGUUAUUUGGUCAAAUCAACAGGAAGGACUCAUCACAGUAACUGACCUGAAAGGAAACAAUUCUCGCAUUCUUUUAAGGACCUUACAAGAUCCUGCAAAAAUAGCAGUUGAUCCAGUAGAAAGGGUGAUAUUUUGGUCUUCCGAAGUGGCCGGCAGCCUUCACCGAGCUGAUCUCAGUGGGGUGGAAGUGAAAACUCUGCUAGAGCCACCAGAGAAGAUAACAGCGCUGUCAGUGGAUGUGCUUGAUAAACGGCUCUUCUGGGUUCAGCAGAGCGGGGAAGGAAGCAGUUCUUCCAUUGGUUCCUGUGAUUAUGACGGAGGCUCAGUCCACAUGAUCCAACAUCAAACACAGCACAAUUUGUUUGCGAUGUCCUUUUUUGGUGACCGUAUCUUCUACUCAACAACAAAGAAGAAGACAAUUUGGAUAGCCAACAAACACACUGGGAAGAAUGUGGUGAGGAUUAACCUCAAUCCAUCCGUCUUGCCUCCCGGCCAACUCAAAGUGGUACAUCCUCUUGUACAGCCCAGGGCAGAGGACAAUGCUCAGAGCUCUGGCCCGAAGCUUUGCAAACGCAGUAAAGGCAACUGCCGAGGCAACGUGUGCGGGCGAGACCCUCGGUCCCACUCGUGCGCAUGUGCGGAGGGCUAUACGUUACGCCGAGACCGGAAGUACUGUGAAGAUGUCAACGAAUGUGCCUCUUCAAAUCACGGCUGUUCUCUUGGGUGUGAAAACAUCCCGGGGUCCUACUAUUGCACAUGCCCAGCAGGAUUUGUUCUGCUUCCGGAUGGGAAACGAUGUCAUGAAUUUGUUUCCUGCCCAAACAAUGCCUCUGGCUGCAGUUAUGGCUGUGUUCUGACAUCAGAGGGUCCCUUGUGUUUCUGUCCCGAAGGCUCUGUGCUUGCGGCAGAUGGAAAAACGUGUAGCGGCUGUUCGUCGCCUGAUAACGGCGGGUGCAGCCAGCUCUGCACCCCCCUCAGCCCAGUGUCCUGGGAAUGUGGUUGUUUUCCUGGGUAUGACCUUCAACAGGACCAGAAACACUGUGUUGCCUCAGGACCACAGCCAUUUAUACUGUUUGCGAAUUCUCAAGAUAUUCGACAUGUACACUUUGAUGGAUCGGAUUACAGAACUCUGAUUAGCCAGCAGAUGGGAAUGGUUCUUGCCCUAGAUUAUGACCCUGUGGAAAACAAGAUAUAUUUUGCCCAAACAGCCCUGAAGUGGAUAGAGAGAGCGAAUCUGGAUGGUUCUCAGAGAGAAAGGCUUAUUGAAGAAGGAGUAAACAUGCCAGAAGGUCUUGCUGUGGACUGGACUGGCCGUAGAAUCUACUGGACAGAUAGAGGGAAAUCUCUCAUUGAAGGAAGUGAUUUAAGUGGAAAGCAUCGUCAAAUAAUCAUUAAAGAGGACAUCUCUCGGCCACGUGGAAUUGCUGUUCAUCCAAUGGCCAAGAGAAUAUUCUGGACUGAUACAGGGAUUAAUCCUCGGAUUGAAAGCUCUUCCCUUCAAGGCUCUGACCGGCUGCUGAUCGCCAGCUCUGAUCUGGUGGAGCCCAGUGGAAUCACCAUCGACUACCUCACCGACACUUUGUAUUGGUGUGAUGCCCAGCAGUCUGUGGUAGAAAUGGCCAAUCUGGAUGGUUCCAAACGCCAGAGACUUGCUCAGAACGAUGUAGGUCACCCAUUUGCUGUAGCUGUGUUUGAGGAUCAUGUAUGGCUCUCAGAUUGGGCUAUCCCAUCGGUAAUAAGGGUGGACAAGCGGACUGGCAAAAAUCGGGUACGUCUCCGAGGCAGCAUGCUGAAGCCCUCGUCACUGGUUGUGGUCCAUCCCAUGGCAAAACCAGGUGCAGAUCCUUGUCGACAUCAGAAUGGAGGCUGUGAACAUAUCUGCCAAGAGAGAUUUGGAACUGCUCAGUGCUCCUGUCACGAAGGUUUUGUGAAAGCUCCGAAUGGGAAAAUGUGUCUUACUCAGAAGGGCCAUCAGAAUCUGGCUGAUGGCGCCUCUGAUCUAAGGAAACAGGUGACAGCAUUGAACAACCUGAUGGAGACCGGAGCAGCAGAUAACAUUACAGAGUCCCAGCGCAAGCUGGUGGCUGAAAUCAUGCUGUCAGAUUAUGAUGACUGUGCCCCAGUGGGAUGUGGCAGAAAUGCUCAGUGCGUUUCAGAGGAAGAGAAUGCUACAUGUCAGUGUUUGACAGGAUUUUCUGGGGAUGGCACAUUAUGUUCAGAUAUAGAUGAAUGUGAGCGGGAUAGCAUGGUGUGCCCUGCCGCCUCGUCUCAGUGCAUCAAUACAGAAGGUGGCUAUGUCUGCAGAUGCUCAGAAGGCUACCAAGGAGAUGGACUCCACUGUGUUGGUGAGAGAGACGUUGAUGAGUGCGAGCUGGGGCUGCAUGGCUGUGGAGAGAAUGCCAGCUGCACAAACACACAGGGAGGCUACAGCUGCACGUGUGCCGGCCACCUAUCUGAACCCGGACUGACUUGCCCAGAAUCUACCUCGCCCCCUUCCAUUGGGGAAGAUGGCCACCGUCUGGUCAGAAAUGGUUCCCCAGGCUGUCCCUCAUCGCAUGACGGCUACUGUCUGCACGGUGGCGUGUGCAUGUAUGUGGAAGCGGUGGACACCUACGCAUGCAAUUGUGUGGUUGGCUAUGUCGGCGAGCGGUGUCAACACCGAGACCUGCGAUGGUGGGAACUGCGCCACGCCGGCCAUGGACGGGAUCGGGACAUCACCGUGGUGGCUGUCUGUGUGGUUGUGCUGGUCCUGCUACUCGUACUGGGGCUGUGGGGAGCUCACUAUUACAGGACUCAGAAGUUGCUAUUGAAAAACCCAAAGAACCCUUAUGAAGAGUCAAACAGAGAUGUGGCCAAUAGCAGGACUGAAAACAGUGAGGCUGGUGUGUCUUCUUGCCCCCAACCUUGGUUUGUGGUGCUAGAGGAACAACAAGACCUCAGGAAUGAGAGUGACCUGGUGGCUAGCAAGAAUGGCCAGGCAGCGGAUGCUGGCCCGUCUUCUUCCCCGAAGCUUGGGUCAGUGUAUCCAAGUUCAUGGAGACAGGAGCCCCACAUACAUGGAAUGGGAACAGAGCAGGGUUCCUGGAUCCCAUCAUACAGAGGGAAAGACUCUGGGCCCCAAGCAGCAGAGAGAAACUUGCGUCUUCCCUGCUACAGGGAAUGGCCUCUGGCUGUGGGGCUUGAGAAGCUGCGUUCUCUCCAGCCAGCCAACCAGCCAUGCGAACAAAGGGCCCCAGAUCUACCAUGCCAAACGGAGCCGAGUCAGUGAAAACUGGACCUACAAGGAAGGUGUAGAGGAAGGAACCAAGUUGCUGGACAGUAUAUUUUCUUUCAAAGAGUGGAAUACCACAGUUUGGCUAAUGGUAACAGUGUCCUGGAGACCCGACACAUGUGUGGCUUCCUUCAAGCAGCCUUCUGGGCAGAUUUUCAAGUGGCAAAUCAGGAAAAUCAUUAGAAACCAAAGUUGAGAUGUUCAUGCUUUGUAAGCUGUGUUGUCUUCAAUAGAUUUUCCUUCUUUCUCUCUCCCUCCCUCUCUCUCUCUCUCUUUCUUUCUUUCCUAGUAGCCUCAGAAGAAAUGGGUUGAAGCAGGUAAUCAUAUUUGUUUGGUCAAUUUCAAAGUAAUUUCUCUUUAAUCUAUGUACAUUUCAGCUCAGUCUUUUGAAAUCCUUGGAAUGUUGCAAUAACUGUUAAAAUGAAUUGUAGACAUUUAAUUUACAAUUGAUGUGGCCC